GUGUCCUCCCCGCCGCCCCGGCAGCCCGGCCAGUCCGUGCCCAGAGCCGGCCCGAGACUGACCGGCCCGUCGCAGCUCCCCCCUCCCCGUCCGUCCGUCCGUCCGUCCGUCGGUUCAGCCAGCCAGCCAGCCCCGCACAGCCGGUCCUUCGGGAGAGCCCGAGGCUCCUGCGCCUUUAACCGUCGGCCCAGCCCACCCAGCCGGGCUCCCACCCACCAGCAGCGCCGCCAGUUAUAAUGAGCGCCUCCCAAGCGCGGCUCCAUCAGGCCGCAGGAGCGGGAGGCGGGAGCGGCGGCGGCGGCACGCAGGGAGGCGACGGGACGGCCGAGAUGCCGGCCACCGAGAAGGACCUGGCCGAGGACGCGCCGUGGAAGAAGAUCCAGCAGAACACGUUCACGCGCUGGUGCAACGAGCACCUCAAGUGCGUCAACAAGCGCGUGGGCAACCUGCAGACCGACCUGGGCGACGGCCUGCGCCUCAUCGCCCUGCUCGAGGUGCUGAGCCAGAAGAAGAUGGGGCGGACAAAUUGGCGCGGCCCAACCUUCCGCCAGAUGCAAUGAGGAACGUCUCAAAGCGGCCUCGAGUUCCUGGAGCGCGAGAGCAUCAAGCUCGUGUCCAUCGACAGCAAAGCAAUUGUCGACGGAAACUUGAAGCUCAUCCUGGGCCUGAUCUGGACUCUGAUCCUCCACUACUCCAUCUCCAUGCCCAUGUGGGAUGAGGAAGACGAUGAAGAGGCCAAGAAGCAGACCCCCAAGCAACGCCUGCUGGGCUGGAUCCAGAACAAGCUGCCCCAGCUGCCCAUCACCAACUUCAGCAAGGACUGGCAGAGUGGCCGGGCGCUGGGAGCUCUCGUGGACAGCUGCGCCCCAGGGCUGUGUCCUGACUGGGAUUCGUGGGAUGCUAGCAAGCCCGUCAACAAUGCCCGGGAGGCCAUGCAGCAGGCUGACGAUUGGCUGGGCAUCCCACAGGUGAUCACUCCAGAAGAGAUUGUGGAUCCCAAUGUGGAUGAGCACUCGGUCAUGACCUACCUCUCCCAGUUCCCCAAAGCCAAACUGAAGCCCGGAGCCCCUCUCAGGCCCAAACUGAACCCCAAGAAAGCCAGAGCUUAUGGACCAGGCAUCGAGCCCACAGGAAACAUGGUGAAGAAGAAGGCCGAGUUCACAGUGGAAACUAUCAGUGCCGGCCAGGGGGAAGUUCUGGUGUACGUGGAGGAUCCUGCCGGACAUCGAGAAGAGGCCAAGGUUAUUGCCAACAAUGACAAGAAUCGGACCUUCUCGGUGUGGUACGUUCCCAAGGUGACAGGUACCCACAAGGUGACUGUCCUGUUCGCGGGGCAGCAUAUUGCCAAGAGUCCCUUUGAGGUGAACGUGGACAAGUCGCUUGGGGAUGCCACCAAGGUCUCUGCCCAAGGUCCUGGCCUGGAGCCUAUGGGCAACAUCGCCAACAAGUCCACCUACUUUGAUAUCUUCACCGCUGGUGCCGGACUCGGGGAAGUGGAGGUGGUUAUUCAAGAUCCCAGAGGCGGGAAAGGGACCGUCGAGCAGCAGCUGGAAGACAAGGGCAACAGCACGUACCGGUGUACCUACAAGCCCACCCUGGAGGGCACCUAUACCAUCUGUAUCACCUUUGGGAGCAUGCCCAUCCCCCGCAGCCCUUACAUGGUCACGGUGGGCCAGGCAUGUAAUCCCAACGUCUGCCGGGCCGUGGGCCGGGGACUGCAACCGAAGGGGGUCCGGGUGAAGGAGACAGCGGAUUUCAAGGUCUACACGCAAGGUGCCGGCAGUGGUGAACUUAAGGUCACGGUGAAAGGCCCAAAAGGCCUGGAGGAGCGUGUCAAGCAGAAAGACCUGGGGGACGGGGUGUACGGCUUUGAGUACUUCCCCACCGUACCUGGCAACUACACGGUCACCAUCACCUGGGGCGGGCAGCAUAUCCCUCGCAGCCCAUUUGAGGUCAAAGUGGGAACGGAAUGUAUCAGCCAGAAGGUGCGGGCAUGGGGACCCGGCUUGGAAGGGGGCGUCGUGGGCAAGUCGGCUGAUUUUGUCGUGGAAGCCAUUGGAGACGAUGUCGGCACUCUAGGCUUCUCAGUAGAGGGCCCCUCGCAGGCCAAAAUCGAAUGCGACGACAAAGGGGACGGAUCCUGUGACGUGCGCUAUUGGCCCCAGGAACCAGGGGAGUAUGCGGUCCACGUUCUCUGCAACAACGAAGACAUCAAACUUAGCCCUUUCAUGGCCGAUAUCAAAGCUGCUCCGAGAGAUUUCUACCCAGAGAAGGUGAAAGCUCACGGUCCCGGUCUGGAAAAGACCGGUGUUGCUGUUAACAAGCCUGCUGAGUUCACUGUCGACGCCAAGAACGGUGGCAAGGCACCUCUCAAGGUUCAAGUCCAGGACGCGGAAGGCGCCCCUGUGGACGUCUCGGUGAAAGACCACGGCAACGGCACCUACAGCUGUUCCUACCUGCCCAAGAAGCCCGUGAAGCACACAGCCGUGGUCUCCUGGGGCGGAGUCAACAUUCCCAACAGCCCCUAUAGGGUCAACGUUGGGGCCGGCAGUCAUCCGAAUAAAGUGAAGGUGUACGGCCCCGGUGUGGCAAAGACCGGCUUGAAAGCCCACGAGCCCACCUACUUCACCGUAGACUGCACAGAAGCUGGGCAGGGCGAUGUGAGCAUUGGCAUCAAGUGCGCCCCGGGUGUGGUGGGCCCGGCGGAGGCAGACAUCGACUUCGACAUCAUCCGAAAUGACAACGACACCUUCACGGUCAAAUACACGCCCCGCGGGGCUGGCAACUACACGAUCAUGGUGCUUUUCGCUGACCAGACCACCCCCACCAGCCCCAUCCGGAUCAAAGUGGAUCCUUCCCAUGAUGCCAGCAAGGUUAAGGCUGAGGGACCCGGACUCCACAGGAGUGGCGUAGAAAUUGGCAAACCAACAUACUUCACAGUCAACACCAAGGCAGCUGGCAAAGCCAAACUAGAUGUCCAGUUCACUGGGCCAGCAAAGGGAGAAGCUGUCCGAGACUCCGAAAUAAUUGAUCACCACGACAACACCUAUACCGUCAAGUAUACCCCGGUCCAGCAAGGUAACAUUGGAGUGAACGUGACCUACGGCGGGGAUCACAUCCCUAAAAGCCCCUUCAACGUCGCUGUGGCGCCUACCCUGGACCUCAGCAAGAUCAAGAUUUCAGGACUGGACGACAAGGUGGAAGUGGGCAAGGACCAGGAGUUCACGGUCAAGUCCAAGGGGGCUGGCGGUCAAGGCAAGGUGUCCACCAAGAUCGUGGGUCCUUCCAGCAAACCAGUGCCCUGCAAAGUGGAACCGGGCCUCAGCCCAGACAACAGCGUUGUGAAAUUCAUCCCCCGUGAAGAGGGACCCUAUGAAGUGGACGUCACCUACGACGGCGUCCCUGUCCCAGGGAGCCCUUUUCCUGUGGAGGCCGUUCCUCCCACCAACCCGUCCAAGGUGAAGACCUAUGGACCAGGCCUGAAGGGGGGCUUGGCUGGAUCCCCUGCUCCCUUCACCAUCGAUACCAAAGGGGCUGGGAAUGGGGGUCUCGGCCUGACCGUGGAAGGCCCUUGCGAGGCCAAGAUCGAGUGCCUGGACAACGGGGACGGCACCUGCUCCGUGUCCUACCUGCCCACCGAGCCCGGCGAAUACAACAUCAACAUUCUCUUUGCCAACACCCAUGUGCCCGGCUCUCCGUUCAAAGCCCAGGUGGCGCCCGGCUUCGACCCAUCCAAAGUGAAGUGUUCUGGACCCGGGCUGGAACAUGCCACGGUGGGGCGAGCCGGAGAGUUCAGUGUGGACUGUUCCAGCGCCGGUCACGCAGAGCUGACCAUUGAGAUUAUCUCUGUGAAGGCGGCAUCGCGGAGGCAGGAGGUCCGCGUGUGGGACAAUGGGGACGGCACUUACACCAUCACGUACAUCCCGCUCUGCCCAGGGAUUUACACCAUCACCAUCAAGUACGGAGGGCAGCCGGUUCCAAACUUCCCCAGCAAGCUCAACGUGGAGGCCGCGGUGGACACUUCAGGUGUUAAAGUGUACGGUCCGGGAGUGGAAGGCCAAGGUGUGUUCCGUGAGGCCACGACAGAAUUCAGUGUAGACGCCCGAGCCCUGAGCAAGGCUGGAGGGCCUCACGUCAAAACGAGGGUGUCCAACCCCUCCGGGAACCUGACAGACAGCUACGUGUUGUUAGCGACAUCAGGAGAUAGAGUACCUACUGCACGUGGAGUACCAUGCCCACAGAAGUCUGUGGAACCCACAGGGGGCAUGCGAUCGCUGUCCAAGGACCCCUGUUGCUGGGAGUGGGAAACUAAGCAGGGUGUCCACUCCAUUGACGUGACCUAUGAUGGGAGCCCAGUGCCCAGCAGCCCUUUCCGUGUCCCAGUCACAGAAGGAUGUGACCCCACGAGGGUUCGCGUGCACGGUCCUGGCAUUCAGAGCGGCACCACCAACAAGCCGAACAAAUUCACCGUGGAGACCAGGGGCGCUGGCACCGGCGGGCUCGGCCUAGCUGUCGAAGGUCCGUCUGAGGCAAAGAUGUCCUGUACUGACAACAAGGAUGGCAGCUGCUCCGUGGAGUACAUCCCCUACGAACCCGGCACCUACAACCUCAAUGUCACUUACGGGGGCCACCAAGUGCCAGGUAGCAAUUGGUGGAUUCUUCCCAAAAGGUCAAAGUGCUCCGGUCCUGGCCUGGCCCAGGAGUUGUCGACAGUAGCGUGCCUCAGUGGAUUCACAAUGUCGACACCAGUAAAGUGGUGUGAAAAGCCCCUGCAGGUGAAAGUUCAAGGCCCCAAAGGGGUUGUCGAGCCGGUAGACGUUGUGGACAACGCAGACGGCACUCAGACGGCGAGCUACGUCCCCAGCCGGGAGGGUCCGUACAGCAUCGCUAUACACUACGGAGAUGAUGAAGUACCCCGCAGCCCGUUCAAGGUCAAAGUUCUGCCCACCCACGAUGCCAGCAAGGUGAAGGCCAGCGGGCCAGGGCUAAACACAACAGGAGUGCCCGCCAGUCUGCCGGUGGAGUUUACCAUCGAUGCCAAGGAUGCCGGCGAAGGGCUUCUGGCUGUCCAGAUCACGGAUCCCGAAGGCAAACCGAAAAAAGCCACGAUCCGCGACAACCAAGACGGCACCUACACUGUCUCGUACGUCCCGGACAUGACUGGCCGCUAUACUAUCCUCAUCAAGUAUGGCGGGGAUGAGAUUCCUUACUCUCCGUACCGCAUCCGUGCCCUGCCCACCGGAGAUGCCAGCAAGUGUACGGUAACAGUGUCGAUUGGAGGUCAUGGGCUAGGAGCGGGCAUCGGCCCCACCAUCCAGAUCGGGGAGGAGACAGUGAUCACAGUAGAUGCCAAGGCAGCAGGGAAGGGCAAGGUGACCUGCACCGUGUGCACGCCCGACGGCACAGAGGUGGACGUAGACGUGGUGGAAAAUGAGGACGGCACUUUCGACAUCUUCUACACGGCGCCCCAGCCGGGCAAAUACGUCAUCUGUGUGCGCUUCGGAGGAGAGCAUAUUCCCAACAGUCCUUUCCAGGUUACGGCUACGGAUCGUCCUGUGAACGGGUUGGAUGCUGGACUGCGACCUUUCGACUUGGUCAUCCCUUUCACCAUCAAAAAAGGAGAGAUUACAGGGGAGGUGCGCAUGCCUUCUGGGAAAGUGGCGAAGCCAGACAUCACAGACAACAAGGACGGCACCGUGACAGUGCGGUACGCCCCCACGGAGGCUGGCUUGCACGAGAUGGACAUCCGUUAUGACAGCAUGCAUAUCCCAGGUAGCCCUCUGCAGUUCUACGUGGACUAUGUCAACAGUGGCCACGUGACCGCUUAUGGACCAGGGCUCAUCCAUGGGGUGGUUAACAAGCCAGCCGUCUUUACAGUCAACACAAAAGAUGCGGGUGAAGGUGGCCUGUCUCUGGCCAUAGAAGGUCCCUCAAAGGCCGAGAUCAGCUGCACCGAUAACCAGGACGGCACUUGCACAGUGUCGUAUCUUCCCGUUCUUCCUGGGGACUACAACAUCCUGGUGAAAUACAAUGACAAACACAUCCCAGGGAGUCCCUUCACAUCCAAGAUUACUGGAGACGACACAAUGCGCAUGUCCCACCUCAAAGUGGGCUCUUCUGCCGACAUCCCCUUAAACAUCACGGAGACGGACCUGAGCCAGCUGACGGCCACCGUGGUCCCACCUUCUGGCCGCGAGGAACCUUGUUUGCUCAAAAGACUACGCAACGGUCAUGUUGGGAUUUCCUUUGUCCCCAAAGAGAUUGGGGAGCACAUUGUCAACAUCAAGAAGAAUGGACUGCACAUCCCCAACAGCCCCAUUACAGUGAUGAUCAGCCAAUCAGAAAUCGGGGACGCCAGCCGUGUGAGGGUGUCAGGCCCAGGUCUCAGCGAGGGCCGGACCUUCGAACCGUCCGAGUUCAUCAUUGACACGAGAGAUGCUGGUACGCAUGAACACCAGACUUCUCUAAAAUUAAGUCACCUUUCCCCAGGAUUUGAGUCCGACCAAAAGCGAAACUUUGCUAACCUGGCCCCACGUACCUUAACUUGGCCUGCUAAGGUGUGUCUGGGCAUAAGCUGGGUCGGGCUGGUAAAUUGUACUGAUAUUUCGAUAACUUUGCUGGUGUCUGGCUGUUUGCGUUUCUGGUGUUCUCUCCUGACAUCCAUCCGCGCUGCUGCCCCUUCUGCUCGCUUGCCAUGCGGCCUGUUAAGCCCACCCUUUCUCCUCCUGUGUCUCGCUGCAGACAAAUAUGCAGUCCGCUUCAUCCCCCGCGAGAACGGCAUCUACUCCGUCGACGUCAAGUUCAACGGCAGCCACAUUCCUGGCAGCCCCUUUAAGAUCCGUGUCGGGGAAGUAGGCCAGGCUGGGGACCCGGGGAUGGUGUCUGCCUACGGGCCUGGCUUGGAGGGCGGCGUGACAGGAAGCCCGGCUGAGUUUAUUGUCAACACUACCAAUGCUGGUCCUGGGGCUCUGGCGGUCACCAUCGAUGGUCCCUCAAAAGUGAAGAUGGACUGCCAGGAGUAUCCAGAGGGCUACAAGGUCAUCUACACGCCCAUGGCGCCAGGCAGCUACCUCAUCUCCAUUAAAUAUGGCGGCCCGUACCACAUCGCUGGCAGCCCCUUCAAGGCCAAAAUCACAGGAGCUCGCUUGGUGAGCAGCCACAGCCUCCACGAGACGUCCUCAGUCUUCAUGGACGGCAUGGCCAAGCCCGAGGGAGCGGCGCCCAAGUUUGCUUCCGACGCCAGCAAAGUUGUGGCCAAGGGGCUCGGCCUCAGCAAGGGCUUUGUGGGACAGAAGAAUUCCUUCACGGUGGAUUGCAGCAAAGCAGGGAACAACAUGCUGCUGGUGGGCGUCCACGGUCCCAAGACCCCCUGCGAAGAAAUCGUAGUGAAGCACCUGGGGAACCGGCUGUACAACGUCACCUACCUGCUGAAGGACAGAGGGGACUAUGUGUUGGUGGUGAAGUGGGGGGACGAGCACAUUCCCGGCAGCCCCUUCCACGUCUCUGUGCCUUAAUCCCCCUUUCCCCCCCCCCAACCUGACUGUAACACCACCUCUCCCAAGCCCCAUUCAGUAGUGCCACUAAAGCCUACCCCCUCCCACCUGAGAUGCCGCCUCGUGGCAGGAUCGUGGGCUUCUUGCCAGCGAGAUUGGUGAUGGUGGUGGGAUGGAGCAGGCUUCCCUUCAAGUAUGCAAGGGGGAGGGACCGGUCAGUUUUCCUGUGGAUCUGUUUACAUGCAGCACUAACUUCCCAACUAGUUUGUCAGUGACUUCACCUCCGCCACUCGGAAAGGGGGGGGGGGGCAGGAUUGACUACACUUUCUCUUGCCAAAGCACUGCCUUCGUGCCCAUGGACCGAACCUCUGUGCCGCCUGGCUAUGCCAGGGAAGGCGCCUUAGCAGGCAACUGGGCAUCUGGAUACUGCGUAUAUGUUCCGAUGCCACCCACUGCUUCCGAGAAACCACUGCUCCCGACGGAACGGCAAACGGCCUCGCCUUUCCGACUCGAGUCCUCCCCCGCCCCCUCUCGGCUCGAGAAAGCAGCUCUCUCGAUAACCAGCAGCCAGGGCUGCCGUCGCGUCUCUUCGCUUUGCCAGUUUGUAACCCAAACCUUGUUUAGCCCUUCCAAAUCUUAAAUUGCUGUUGGGCAUAACAGAGGGAGGGAAAUAAAGUUCUGCUUCAAAUGGC